GCCGACCAGUGGUAUGCCUGCAUACCAGGGCGUCCAAUGGCACCCUGGUGUCUCGUCGUACAAUCCGUAAGCGCUUGGUUGCCUCAAAUCCCACGGAGGACAGCUCGGAGAAGCGGGGGCUUUCACCCAAAUCUCUCUCUCUCUCAUCCAUGAAUGAAGUUUUCUCCACUUGUCCAUGUCAAGUUAUUGCUGGCCGAUCAGCUCGCCUGGUCCUUGGUGAAAUACAUGAAUUUCUUUCUCAGACACUGCACCUUUCUACUCACACACAAAUGAUUCCACGCCAUGGAUCCUCUAACGGCGAUAGGCCUUGUCAGCAACAUCCUGUCCUUCGUUGAAUUUAGUUCCAGGCUUCUAAAGGGCGCCAAGGAAGUCUACGAUUCUCAACAUGGCGUGCUUGAAGACAACAGAAGCCGGGAGACGGUCAUGCGAGAGAUGCAGAGGAUGUCAACGCUGUUGUCAGUGUCCAAAUCACAUAACAAAGCGGGCCAUGAUUCCAGUCUCUGCAUUCUGGCUAGUGAAUGCCGUCAGCUAUCGACUCAACUCAUCUCGUUACUAGAAAAGAUCAAACCACACGACUCGGGCUCCAAAGCUCAGAGUCUAUUGUCAGCAGUACGGAACAAAACCUAUGAGAGCGAGAGGGAAAGCCUGGAAGCAAGACUGAGUGAUUGUCGAGCUCAACUUCAUCUGGAACUCAGUAACCUUACAAGCUCUGAGACACUGAAAAGACUCGAAAGCCUGGUUCAAGCAUCAAAGUCCGACGAGGCCAAGCUGGAUAGAAUUGAGAGCGAUAUUGCACACCUGCGCGAACAUGUCAAGUCAAAUUCCGCUGCUCCUGAAGUGACGGCGAUGGUCACGACGUUGAUCACAGAGGAAGAGAAAGUCUUUGCGAUGAUCGCUCAGGACAGAAUACUCCAAUGUCUCUCCUUUGAAGGCAUGAGUCGGCGCUCCAACAUGGUAGUCGAGACACAUGCGAAUACCUAUGAAUGGAUUUUGGAAGACGACGCUCCCGCCACGACACCAGACACGGAGGACGAGGUGUCCGAUAUUGAGAGAGAAACGAUUACCGCGUCAAUAAUAAGCGAUGACAUCGAGAAAUUGCGCGCGAGAGACAAGCUUCGAGCAUGGCUGGAAAGCGAGACUUCAGGCGAUGUUUUCCACCUCUCUGGAAAACUGGGGUCUGGGAAAUCGACUUUGAUGAAGCACAUACGGGGGAGCCCUCAUACUGAAGAGAAACUAAACAAGUGGGCCGAUGGCCGCAAGUUGACCAUCGCCAGUUUCUACUUCUGGAACAUCGGAUCUGAUUACGAAAAGUCGCUACAGGGACUGUACAUCAGUCUUCUCCAUCAGAUAUUCAGUCAAUGCCCUGACAUCAUACCUCAAGUUUGGCCUACGCAUUGGGCACAGGCUUAUUCACCACCGUGGCUAGUUCCGAGGGUCAUUGAAGCCACCAGAAAAGACAUCAUGCAAGCAUUCAAAAGAGUCAUUACUUCUGUUGGCGCACUCAAAACCCAUUGCUUUGCAUUUUUCAUCGAUGGACUCGACGAAUUCCAGUCGAACGUACAGGAUGAUCACAGGGACCUAGUCAGGCUACUGUGCCACUGGGCAGCAGCCGAAUCUGGGAGCAUCAAGAUUUGCGUCUCGAGUCGCGAGUAUCCAGUAUUCAUGGACGGUUUUACUGAAACCUUGAGGAUCCGCUUCCACGACCUGACGAGACGCGAUAUGGACACCUAUAUUCGAGAUAAGCUUGCGCAUGCCAGCACUCAGGAGAGCUUUGAAAACCUUGUUUCCUUGAUCAUGAACAAGGCCGACGGAGUUUUCUUGUGGGUAGCGCUCGUGGUGAAGUCUUUGAGAGAGGGUCUCGAGAACGGCCUGUCCUGCGAUGAACUGACACGAGAGGUCGAUAUCCUUCCGGACCAGCUUGAAAGUCUUUACAGCCACAUUUUGGCGUCACUGGGCAAGUCAGCACUCAAGAAAGCAUACCAGACUUUUGCUAUGGUGAAAGAGCUUAAGAAGGAAAAUUAUAGAAUGUCACUUCUCGCAUACUCUUUUAUCGAAGAGUACGAGCUAAGAAAAGGCUUUUUCACAGCGGGGCGCAGCCGAUUUCCCAUCGAAAGCGUCACCGGAGAUCGUGGCAAGAGAUUGGUGCACUCCACGAGCAGAAAGUUGGCUGGCUGGUGCAAAGGUCUCGUCGAGCCAUAUGGAAAUCCAAUGUGGUUGCAAGAUCAGAGCAAUGACCGGUUGAAAGGUAGGAGCCCAUGCGUUGACGAGUGGGGGGAUUGGUCCAUGGAGCUCGACUUCGCGCAUCGAAGCGUGUCAGACUUCCUGGAAUCUGACGAGAUCCAGUAUGACAUGAAACUAAAAUUGAAAUACUUCGAUCCUGUCGACGCUGUUUUGCAGUUGAUAGUGAGCGACAUCCUCUUCGAAAGCUCACUUUCGGUAUACAACUCCCUGCGGUCAGGCAUCACGGGUGCAGUCUUCGUGCGAACAACAAAUCGAAAUGGCUUGGCUCGAGAGCCAUUUACCCAUUUUGAGCGCUUUCGAGAGUUACUCGCCUCUACGAAGCCGAAUUAUUCAAUGACUUUGAGGGGCGUAUUAACACUGACAUAUCCCUGGGAAGCAGGGAGGUUUGGGACUGCUUUUUGUAUUGAAUUCAUGGGGAAGCUUCCAGAGACUGCAACCGGGGGGAGGACAGACUCAUUUUCCAGAGCGCGCCACUUUUCGGAUCCAUUGCACAUACUGACUGCCCUCGGACUCAGCGACUAUCCUCUUUGGCACAUAAGCAACGGCAUUCUGCUUGAUGAAGAUUCAGACACCAUUUCAACCCUCGCGAGUCUUUGUUUAGAUGAAGGCUUUGGAGGGAAAGAUUACAGUCAGUCACUCAUUGUGCUCGAGGCCUUGUUCUCACAAGGUUGGGUUUCUCCGGACUCCAUCACAAAAUAUCGAGGGGUCCGUUAUGGUAGCAUGUGGUCAGAUGAUGGAGGGUAUUAUUCUGCUCUAAACUCGGAUCUGACUUUGUGGCACCGUUUCUUGGUCAAGAUGCUGAGUUCGAGAUACCAUCAAGUCUCGAGAAGUAUGGACGAAUAUCAACGCACAUAUCACAACAAAAUAAGUCGACAGUACGAUGGCAAGCUUCUUGAGUUGUUUCUUCGCUUCACAAAAGACACUGACUUCUCAUACGAAAUCUUUGUCGAUGGGGAAACCACCGUAUCAACACGAGAUUUUGUCCUGAAUCUUGGAAAGCAAGGCUUGAUACUGAAGUUUCGGACUGUAUGCUACGAGCAACAAGACUUGUGGGACCUGCCUUGGAUGGAAAGCGAGAUUGGACUACCCUCAGAGGACGGCAAGCCUGCCAGAAGACAUGUGUCGCUCAGAGAAUUCAUUGAGCUUUCGGCAUAUGAGAACGAGGCCGUCCUCCUAAGACUGCUGGACCAAAACUCAGAGACUAGCAAUGGGGAGCAACCUAGCCCUUCAAAUUCAACUACAAAAGCCCCAGUCCCGAGGGGUGAGGGCUCCAUGGAGGACAGAAUGUCAUCGGUAGAUCAGGGAAGAAGGACCAGAAACGCCGGUGGGGCUCCAGAGUCCAAGCUAAUCAAUCCGAUCGGGUCACAACGUUAUCUCUAUAUUGUGUCUCGACGAGUCCAAUAUUCAUUGAGGAAUGAAUAUUUUCGGUAUGCUUUGGCGGUUUUGACAGGUGUUAUUCUCACCACGUUAUACACCAGUGUCCUAGAAAAACUUGCCAGAAGGGCAUCAGAUUGAACUUAUUCUAUCUUCGGUGGUCCUAUGGGUUCGCUCGGUCAACCGAACGCACCUGUACAUAGACCCUUCUGGAAACCCUCUACAGGCACUCAAUUGCACCAGCAUCUACAUCCACAACCCCCUGGCACGCCGUAUUCACGUGAAGAAAGCCAAUCGAUAUGUCCAAUGAUCUAUGGAGUUCUUUUCUACCAUAUAUGAUAAACAAAAAACACCAUAUCAGAAUAGACACUGAGUUAAUCUUGCUUUAACAGAUCACUUGAGCAAAUGGACGCUGAAUCACUGCCACAGACUGUGAUUACCUAGGUCUAUUCGGCCAACUUUGCCGAUUCCCCCUCCCCGCGUGCCUACAUUUUGCAAUUUGCAAAACUGUUGCGAAAGUGGGUUGCCCACUCGUAUUGAUGCAAGAAGACCUGGCUAUGGAGGAAUCUGUUGCUCAACGACAGAGUCAUGCCAAUACAAGACCAUUGGAUCAAUAGAGCGGACCAGGAUGUCCGAAUGAAGAAGACGCGUUGGCGUAUGCACCGAUAAAUCUAGUCUUGUAUUCUCUGAUACAUAGCGUUUACAUCUUGAAGGCAAAAGUGGCCAAGA